AAAAUCACAGAGGAAAAUAAAAAGGAGAGGAGAGGGGACAAGAACUCCCUCCGAUCCCACAACCACCCCGGGCUCGCGAUCCACCCUGCGAUUCCUCCCCCCCCCCCGGGCGCCAGGCCGAAUCCUGGAAUCCCCAACGCGCGCAGCGAAACGAGAAGAAACAGGCAAGGGGAAGAGAGGCCGGGGGUGAUGUAUUGUUACGCUGCAUGGACGGAGCAAGCGAGGAGUCUCUCCACAAGGACUAUUACAAAGUUCUGGAGGUCGAUUAUGAUGCAUCUGAUGACACCAUCAAAUUGAGUUAUAGAAGAUUAGCUUUGAAGUGGCAUCCCGACAAGCAUAAGGGCGAGGAUGAUGUCACAGCUAAAUUUCAGGAGAUCAAUGAAGCUUAUAAAGUUUUAAGUGAUCCGAUUACACGACUUGAAUAUGACUUCUCUGGCUGUUACGAGAUCAAUCAAUACACUGCGCGUGAGUACCUUUCAAGAUUUAAGGGUAUGAUUCUUACCUGCAAUGGUCUUGGAAUAGACCGUUCCUCAAAAUGGGCCCAGCAUUUGAGGGAAUGGGAGCCCCACUGAUCAUUAGGUACAGCUUGUUUGUUCCAGAACAUUUUCACUAGUAUAGACGAAGCACAUUGCACAUAUUUGUUCUUCUGUAACAUUACUAUGGGAUAUACAUCUUUGCAAUCUGCAACCAUUAUUCUUGCAUUUCCAACCCGUUA